UUUGUUCUUCCCGCCAUGCCCCUCAGCCCGCAGACGCAAAGCAAAACCAUCUGCCCAAGGCCCACCUGCAGGAGCGCGCGCGCGCACAAGAGGGCGUGGCGGGGAGGGGCGUGUCCCCCCGAGACUGGGAGUCGAUUGGUCAGGUGGCAGGGAGAAGGCGUGGCCUCUGGAGGGGCGGGGCUGCAGCCGAGGUCUCCCUCCCUCAGGCGCUUCAUCUCCUCAUUCCUGACGACCCCGGCUUCGGCGACUGCGACGCGACAACCCGACUCCCGCUCUGGCAGCAUGGCCGAGAAGAGGCACGGCACGGACACCCAGGGGCAUCGGCUUCCCGACUCCUUUAAGGCAGAUAGCCCCAGUAAGGGCCUGGGACCUUGUGGAUGGAUUUUGGUGGCUGCCUCCUUUUUAUUCACACUUGUAACUUUCCCCUUAUCAAUAUGGAUGUGUAUAAAGAUUAUAAAGGAGUAUGAAAGAGCCAUCAUCUUCAGAUUGGGUCGCAUUUUACAAGGAGGAGCCAAAGGACCUGGUUUGUUUUUUAUUCUGCCAUGCACAGACAGCUUCAUCAAAGUGGACAUGAGAACCAUCUCCUUUGACAUUCCUCCUCAGGAGAUCCUCACUAAGGACUCAGUGACCGUUAGCGUGGAUGGCGUGGUCUAUUACCGUGUUCAGAAUGCAACCUUGGCUGUGGCCAAUAUCACCAAUGCUGACUCAGCAACCCGACUUUUGGCACAGACUACUCUGAGGAACGUCCUGGGCACCAAGAAUCUGUCCCAGAUUCUCUCUGACAGAGAAGAGAUUGCACACAACAUGCAGUGCACGCUGGAUGAGGCCACUGAUGACUGGGGGAUAAAGGUAGAACGUGUGGAAAUCAAGGACGUGAAGCUGCCCGUGCAGCUCCAGCGAGCUAUGGCUGCAGAAGCUGAAGCAUCCCGGGAGGCCCGCGCCAAGGUCAUUGCAGCAGAGGGAGAGAUGAACGCGUCCAGGGCCCUGAAGGAGGCCUCCAUGGUCAUCACCGAGUCUCCUGCUGCCCUUCAACUCCGCUACCUUCAGACGCUAACCACCAUCGCGGCUGAGAAAAAUUCCACCAUCGUCUUCCCGCUGCCCAUAGACAUGCUGCAAGGCAUGUUUGGGGCAAAACACUGAGCCAUGCAGGCUCUUCCGUCCAAAAGUACCAUGAGG